AAAAUAUCAGGGCUUAAUUUAAAAAAGAGAUUCUCAGCAGAAGCAGAAGCAGAAGCAUCGCAAGCUCAACAAAAUGCCCUAAUUCUAAGAUAAAAAUGAAGAUCGCGGUGGAAGGGUGCAUGCACGGGGAGCUGGACGCGGUGUACGCCACGCUGAGGCGCCUGGAGCAGGUCGAGAACACCAAGAUCGACCUCCUCCUCUGCUGCGGCGAUUUCCAGGCAGUUCGAAAUGAAAAUGAUCUAGAGAGCUUAAACGUCAAACCAAAGUAUCGCAGUAUGAACACAUUUUGGAAGUACUACUCAGGGCAAGAAGUAGCUCCGUAUCCAACCAUAUUCAUUGGUGGGAAUCAUGAGGCAUCCAACUAUUUGUGGGAAUUGUAUUAUGGGGGUUGGGCUGCACAAAAUAUUUAUUUCUUGGGCUAUGCUGGAGUUGUUAAGUUUGGCAACAUCCGCAUUGGAGGGCUCUCUGGAAUUUAUAAGCCAGGACAUUAUUUUUUAGGACAUUUCGAGCGGCCUCCGUAUAAUGAUAAUGACAUACGAUCGAUAUACCAUGUGAGGCAUUAUGAUGUCCUUAAACUCAUGCACGUUGAAGAACCAAUAGAUAUUUUCUUGUCCCAUGAUUGGCCUCUAGGAAUCACCGAGUAUGGAAACUGGGAGAAGCUUAUUAAAAUUAAACAGCAUUUUACAGAAGAGGUCUACAGUAGAACCCUAGGUAGCAAACCUGCUGCAGAGUUGCUGAACAAAUUAAGACCGCCAUUCUGGUUUUCUGCUCAUCUCCACUGUAAAUUUCCAGCAGUAAUUCAGCAUGGGAAGGAUGGACCUAUUACUAAGUUUCUUGCACUUGAUAAAUGCCUCCAUGGUCGCAGAUUUCUGCAGAUUAUUGAUAUCGAAUCAGAUCCAGGACCUUAUGAGAUUCAAUACGAUGAGGAAUGGCUUGCAAUAACAAAAAAGUUUAAUAAUAUUCUUCCCUUGACGCGAAAAUAUUUUGAUGGAGGGGUUAAGCAACUUGAUAUUCAAGAUUGUCGGCAAUGGGUGAUGCGUAAAUUGGAUGAAAGAGGGGCCAAACCUUUUGAUUUUGUCCAGACUGUCCCAGCCUAUGAUCCUUCUCAGACCUUUUCCAAUCCUUUCCGUACUGGUCAUUGUCGUAAUCCGCAAACUGAAUCCUUGCUGCAGUUUUUGGAACUCCCAUAUCUACUUGAUGGUGAGAAUGUAGCCAAUACUCCAUCGCAAAGUACCAAGCAGUUAAAUCCUACAGAUGCACUUGAUGACGACGAUGAUGUGGACGAGCUGGAAGAGCAUGCUGAUUCUGAUGAUGAGGAGUGAAGAGCGAGGUUUUCUCACAGGAUGUAUAUAUAUACGUGGUUGUUGACGGACUCAUUAUCCCCUCAACCAAUUAUUACCAAUUAUUACCUCGCCUUCAAGCAAAUGAAGGAGAUACAAGUCCCAUUUGGAUGUCUGAACAAGUUAUCCAUAAAUAAAUUAAGGUGUUAUUUCUUUCCCCUUUAGUUUUGUGAUUAGAAGUUAGAAGUUCAAUUUUAGCUCUUUAGAAGGUUUUGAUAGGCCAUGAUUUAGUAGGACAGCAUAUUUUGCUUGUUAGUAUCAGGCAAAUUAUCUUAUUCUAAGAAAAUAACUAUAAGGUCGAAGGCCGAAUAUAGUAUGCUUUUUUAGAUAUCUGAUCAUACUCGUCGUCAACCAAGUAGUACAAUCUUUCUGAGUGAAUGAAAGAGAUGUAUCGAAUAAAAUACUCCUGCAUUUGUGUGGAUAUGGAUCACUCCAUGCUUAUCAAUGGUGAACUAAACCAAAGAUUCAAAAUAGUGUGACCCAAAUGUUUGACUACA